AUGAAUAUAAAUAAAAAGAAAAAUACAUAUGCCACAAUACGAAAGAAGCUCCAAGAACGAUCUCAGGAGGGGCGAAGAAAUGACAGCAAAAUACACAACCAAGUGCACAAGUUGAUAAAUAAAGAAAUAAUAAUCGACUAUGACACUAAUGAAAAGGUGAAUGCAAAAAUUAUUUUGAAUAAAUAUUUAAAUAUAAUUACCCAUUUGACCAAGGAAAAUAUAAAUUUAAAAAAAAUCAUAGAAAAAAUAAAACUGCAAAAUGACAAAAAUGAAAGUAUACUCACUAAAUACGAACAUGAGUUGAAAACAAAAAAUGACAUCAUCGCCAAAAUAACCAAUAAGCAUGGCAUACAUAUUUUAGGGGAAAAUCUUAAUGGGUGUAAUAUCCCUGAUGAAGAAGAACAAGGAAGACACCCUAUCAUUCAAGAAGACAUGUCCAUGCUGAAAGAAGAUGAUAGCAACUUGCCAAAUCGAGGAAGAACAAAUUGUUUCCCCCAUGAUGGGGAACAUAUUCAAACGAUAAAUUCCCCAACCUCUUGUAAUGUCAUCGGCGCCGGGGCUAAUACACAGUGGGAAGACAAACUUGGGAGAACCACGACGGGGAUCCCGCCAUCCUGUCGUAAGAUGAACCUCCAGAGUGACCAUGAAGAAGGGGUAAACCGGAACAGAAAAAUGACAGUUUCAAACAUGUGUCAAGAGAAAACCAUUCCGCAUGAAGACGAAAAUAGGAUUCCGGUUCGCGAAAAAGGAGGGUUAACAAAUUGGAUCAACUACAGGCAUAAAUUCACAUGGCAUGAAAAAACCAUAAAAAAUGAAAUACCACUUUUUAAUGCAAAAAAUUCAAAUUUGUACUUACAUGGACAGAGCAAAUUACAAGAAAAUGAUAAAUGUCUUGAUGAACUCAAUUGCCUAAUAAAUAACUCCCCCAGUGCUGCUGACCUUAGCGACGUUAAAAUUGUUCCACAUGGAGGAAGACGCCUCGAAGAAAUUGAAAGGUACCAUAAAAAAUGCGAGGAAGAGUAUAAAAAUAUACAUACCCCAAAUAAUUUUGUCGAUAAAACAAACAGUUUAAUCACCGUUCGCACAGAAAGGAAUAUAUCUCAAUGUGCCACCCAGGGGAAAAAAGUAAUUGAAAAUACAUCAUCAUUCUUAUAUGACGAUUUGUCAAAAAUGAGAAAUUUCCCUAGGCUGAGAAACGAUGAUAAUGAGGGAGAAAGCUCCGAAGAUAAAUAUAAUAAAAGAGAUGAGUUAUUUUGGAGCGGGAAGGAAAAACAAGCUACCUAUACGGAUAGACCGGUGGACGUGCAUGCGGGUCGUAUGUCUGUUGACAGUCCCGACAACAACACGUCUAUAGUGAAUAAAAUGGCCACUGUGGUUAUGCAAAAAGAUAGCGGGGGGGAGGCAAACUAUCACACGACCCAGACCCAUAUCGAUGCGGAAGUUGCGGAGGGGGGACGCGAAAAUUAUGAAGCGGAGAAUUCGAGUCCAUCUGAUAAGAAAAAUGUGCAGGACGAUCUGGAGGAUGAUAAUUAUGAGGACUUGGAAAAUAUUAUGUUUACAAUAUUGAAGCUGAGGCAAAAAGGGGUAUCUAAAUAG